CUCAUCCUCUUCGGACCGCCGGGCGCGGGGAAAGGAACGCACGCCCCGAAGAUCGUGGACAAGCUCCGGAUCCCCCAGCUGUCCACGGGCGACAUGCUCCGCGCCGCGGUGGCCGCGGGCACCGAGGUUGGGAAGCGGGCCAAGGCGGCGAUGGACUCGGGCGCUUUGGUCACCGACGAGAUCGUGGUCGGCAUCAUCGCCGAUCGCAUCAAGGAGGAUGAUUGCGCCCGAGGGUUCAUCCUGGACGGAUUCCCGAGGACUGUGGAGCAGUCCAAGAUGCUCGACGCGGAGCUGGCGAAGACGGGCGAGGAGGUGUCCAGGGUGUUGGAGCUCUCCGUCCCGGACGCGGUGCUCACCGAGCGAAUCUGCGGGAGGUGGGUGCACAAGGGCUCGGGCAGGUCCUACCACGUCAAGUUCGCCCCGCCCAAGUCCCUGCGUCCCGGCGAGACGCCGGGGACGGAGAACAUGCGAGACGACGAGACGGGAGAGGCGCUGAUGCAACGAAGCGACGAUACGGAGGCGGCGCUGUCCAGCCGACUCGAGGCGUACCACGCGCAGACGGUCCCG